CAUAGCCAACAUUAAACAUGGCGGACGCAGACACAUUGAAGUCUCUAAAUGGUUUACUAAAUGGUAUCGCGCAAAAGGUUUAUUACAAUAAAUUGGAAAUAACCGAGGACCUGCUGAAAAAUGAACUUUAUCCUGACCUGUCCCAAGAGGAAUUCCACGCUUUGCACGAAAAAAUGAAAGGUCUUGUAAAGUCUAUCGCCUCGGCGGACAUGGACCAGGCUCAGCUGGAGGCCUUCCUCACGGCUCAGACCCGCAAGCAGGGCAGCUCGGGCGGACUGAGCGGCGAGCAGGCGGCCGCCCUCUCCCGCUUCUGGAAGGGGCACCGGGUGCGCGUGCGGGACAGCCUGGUGAGCCAGAGCCGCUGGGAGCCCGGCCUGCGCGGCCUCAGCUGGAGGGUGGACGUGCAGGCGGCCAGCAGCGGCCGGGGUGGUGGGAGCGGCGAGGGAGGAGAGGCGGCUGGCAACGCCGUCGCUCUGCUGGAGCUGGAGCUGGGCAGACAAGGAGAGGACUCUGAUUUUGUGUGUUUGGAAUUUGACGAGACGAAGGUGAACCAGGUGCUAAAGAAGAUGGCUGAGAUCCAGGAGAGCAUUGACCGCAUCGUUCACAAAAGCUAGUGUGUGUGUGUGUUUCGUGUUUCUGUCUGUCUAUCUCUGUGCAAAUGCAAUUUUAUGUCUGUGUGCGUGGAUGCAUUUUUGUGUGUGUGUGUGUGUGUGUGAGUGAGCACGUUUGUAUUUCUGGAGUGUGUGUUUAAGUCUGAAGGGCCCCUUACAGGUGGCUUGUGCAUUGUAUAGUGAAAAGUGAGUGUCUACACAUGUAUAUGUGUUGAAUGUGUAUCUUGCACACCAAUGUCCAAAUUCCUGCACUGUGAGCAUUGAGAAUAGCCGGACGGCUGAAACGUCUGCUCUUGCUCCCAAAAUUAAAUGGACAAACUCUUUCUGUA